UGUCUUAUCUGUUGCACUAUCUCUGGCCUCUCCUCAAUUCUUGGCUAGAAGUGAACAUUAAAGUAUUAGCAAACUCAAAUAUGCUGUAUAAGUAAUGCAUUAUAUUAUUCUUCUUUUGCAGAUUUUAAUUUAGGAAAUUCAGAAAAACUUCAUUGAACACCUACUCAUGUCAAGUAUUGUCCUAGGCAUAUGAUCACAGCUGUGAACAUAGCAAACAAAAUCUCUUGUCCAUUUCUACUGUAGCUGAUGAUGUCUUCUCGUUUCAAUGGUUUUGGAGUUAGCAUCUCUUUAGUUGUGAUAUUUAUUUUGUGUAAGUCACUGGUACUCUCUCUACCAGAACUGAGUCCAAAGGAUUUUUUCAAUACAGUGCAACAGGGGAAAGCCUCCUUAGCUUAUUUUUGCCAAGCAGAUUCUGGUACUUCUAUAUUUCUUGAAGAACUAAGAGAGGCUGUUAAACCUCUCCAGGACUAUGGCAUUUCAGUUAUGAAGGUUAAUUGUGCCAAAGAAGAAACUUCAAGAUAUUGUGGAACAGGAAAUGAUUUUAUGAAAGCAUAUUUAUUCAGGGGCAGCAUAUUACUCAGAGAAUUCCCAACAGAUACUUUGUUUGAUGUAAAUGCCAUCAUUGCUCAUGUUCUCUUUGCUCUUCUUUUUAAUGAAGUAAAAUAUAUUGCCACACUGGAUGACCUUAAGAAUGUAGAAAAUGUUCUGAAGGGGAAAGCAGAUAUUGCAUUUUCAUAUGUAAAAGCCAUUGGGACACAAGAGCACAGAGCUGUCAUGGAAGCUGCUUUUGUGUAUGGGACCACAUAUCAAUUUGUCUUAACCACAGAAAUUGCUCUUUUGGAGAGUAUAGGUUCUGAAGAUAUAGAACAUGCACAUUUCUACUUUUUUCAUUGUAAACCAGUCUUGGACUUGACCCAGCAAUGUAGAAGGACACUAAUGGAACAGUCAUUGACUACACUGAACAUUCAUCGAUUUAUUAAGAUAAUGGAAGCACCACUGCUGACUGAAGUUCAUGAAGAUCCUGAACAAGUUUCAACAGUUCAUCUUCAGUUAGGAUUACCACUGGUUUUUAUUGUUAGUCAACAAGCUACAAUUGAAGCUGAUAAAACAACUGCAGAAUGGAUUGCUUGGCGUCUUCUUGGAAAAGCAGGAGUUCUGCUAUUGUUAAGGGACUCUUUGGGUGUGAACAUUCCUCAGCAUGCCAAUGUGAUCUUCAAAAGAGCAGAAGAGGGAGCACCUGUAGAAUUUUUGGUAUUACAUGAUAUUGAUUCAGUAAUAUCCCAUGUGGAAAAUAAUAUGAAUUUUGAGGAAGUAAAAGAAGAUGAAGAUGAUGAUAUGGAAGAUCCAGAUAUGGAUAUUCAAGAUGAUGAAGUGGAAGAAACUGUUUACAGAAAUAGGAAGAAACAGUUAUCUUUGGAACUUACAGUGGAAUUAACUGAAGAGACAUUUAAUACAACAGUUAUGACUUCAGAUAGCAUAGUGUUGUUUUAUGCUGGCUGGCAGGCAGUAUCCAUGGCAUUUCUGCAAUCCUUUGUUGAUGUGGCAAUUAAAUUGAAAGGCACAUCUACUAUGCUGCUUACUAGAAUAAACUGUGCAGUUUGGUCUAAUGUAUGUACUAAGCAAAAUGUUACUGAAUUUCCAUUUAUAAAGAUGUACAAGGAAGGGGAGAACCCAGUUUCUUAUACUGGUAUGCUUGGAACUGAAGCUCUCCUAAAAUUUAUCCAUCUAAACAGAAUUUCAUGCCCAGUGAUGAUUACUUCUGUUCAAGAAGCAGAAGAAUAUUUAAGCGGAGUAUUAUAUAAAGACCUCAUCUCCUACUCUGGUAUAUCAGUACUGGGACUGUUUAGUCCUACUAUGACAACAGCAAAAGGAUACUUCAUUGAAGCAGGAAACUACCUAAAAGGAUUUGUUAUCACUGGAAUUUAUUCUGAAGAUGAUGUUUUGAUACUGUCAAAGAAAUAUGCUGCUAUUCUUCCUGCCCUACUGAUUGUCAGACACCAAGAAGGCAAAAUAGAGAACAUUCCAUUAGCUAACACCAAUGCACAAGAUAUAGUAAAAAUAAUAACAAAUGCAUCAUUGGAGUUAUUUCCAGAAAUCACUGUGGAAAAUCUUCCUGUUUAUUUAAGACUACAGAAACCAUUAUUUAUUUUAUUCAGUGAUGGCAACAUAAACCCUCAACAUAAAGAAGCCAUAUUGAUGCUAGUAAAAGAUAAACAUUUAGAUGCACUUACUCCUUGUUGGUUAAAUUUGAAGAACACCCUUGCUGGGAGAAUUGUCUUACAGGAGUAUUUUGACACCUUGCCUCCCCUUCCUCUUCUUGUUGUAGUGAAUUUGCAUUCAGAUGGUCAAGUAUUUGCAUUUCCUUCUGAUCAAGCUAUCGCUGAACAAAAUCUUUUAACAUGGCUUAAGAAAUUAGAAGCAGAACUAGAAACUCAUAUCACAAUUUUACCUGCUCAGGAAUGGAAACCUCCUCUUCCUGCUUAUGAUUUUCUAAGUAUGAUGGACGCUGCAGAAUCAAUUCAACAACCAACUAGAAAAGUUCCCAAGCCUAUGAAAGAGUCAGAUAUGCAUGAGAAUGACAAAGAGCAACAUGAAGAUAAACCAACAAUCAGAAAAGAACCAAUUGAAACACUAAGAAUAAAACAUUGGAACAAGAGCAAUUGGGUCAAAGAAGAAAAAUCAUUAAGGCAUGAAAAUAAAGAAUUAUGAUGUUCAAAAAGCCAAUUUCAUAGGACUAUUAGACUUUCAUUAAAAAUAAUGCUAAAUUA